CCGUCGCUGUAUGAUCCCUUCAGAAGAUCCCCCGAGCCUCGUCGCUUAAAUGUACCUCCCCCGUUGUUUACCUUUGUCCCGCUGCCUGCUUCCGUGUGUCUGUGAUUUCCCCCUGUGUAGUUUUGCUUCAAAUAUCCACUGACUUGUUGUCUUGACACCUUGCCUUUUACUGACAUCCAGAAGAUAAUCAGACAUAUGAAAGACAACGCACACGAACAGGGGAGGAGUUACAAAAUGAUGUCAGACCGUUUUCAUGGAAAACGAGAAUGACAGCGGAACUGAAAGAAAAACAGAAUAGGCUACCCGUGUGUGAAUGACACAGGUAUGUUCUCUCCACUAGACACGUAGUAGCGGACACAGGACUGGUUGUAACCCUUCCUAUCGGACACUUGGUGAUUAGGGGGGGACACCAUGCUGGCGUCGUGGGUGAGCGUGGCGGAGGCCAAGGACGAUGUGGUGGAGGAUAUGGACACGUCCGAGCCCAACUGGGCCUGGUUCUACCUGGCAGAGUGCGGCCGCUGGCACAUAUUUGGCACUGACCCCUUCGCGACCUCCUCUGUAAGCAGUGACGUGAUAGAACAGAGUUACAACAGCAACCGGCGCGGCGUCAUGGAGUUCUGCACGAACAAAUACGCCUACAGGAUAGAUUUUGCAGUCAUGAAGCAGACCAACAUCACAACGGGGAAACAACGAGCUGUCAAGAGGGCCUUGCAAUCUGGAAGUAGUUUCAGAUCCAUCUGCGACAGCCCUGCAGUACCUGUGCCCUGCCACUGGGAGAAGAUGAACUCAGAGGAGCCGUACCAGCUCAUCCCUCUCGUCCAGGACACACACGAGUUCCAGGAGGUCAAAGGGCUUUACGAGCGAACGAUGAGCAGCCCCAUUCGCUCCAUCCGGAGGAUACAGAACUCCGACCUGUGGGAGUUCUUCUGCAGGAAGAGAGUGCAGCUGAAGAGGAUUAAGAACGGCGUGGACAUCGAGGAGAGGAUGCUUUUCCACGGGACGGCCUCCGUUAACAUCCAGGCCAUCUGCACUUUUAACUUCGACUGGCGGCUCGCCGGGAGUCACGGAUGUGUCUACGGCAAAGGUUCCUAUUUUGCCAGAGAUGCCAAGUACUCCAGCAAGUAUUGCAACUCGUCAUCACAGACCCAUAAACUCAGUCUCCUGCCUCACGGUCUCUCUGCCGCGCCCCCCUCUCAUCACAAGUGCAUGUUCCUGGCCCGGGUCCUGGUCGGCGAGUACGCCAUGGGCUCCAACUCGUUCGUCAGACCCCCCUCCAAAGACGACACCCUCACGAACGUCUUCGACAGCUGCGUGGACGACCUGCAACACCCAAAGAUCUUCGUCGUGUUCGACAGCAACCAGACCUACCCCGAAUACCUCAUCGAGUUUGAGGAGGCGUGAUUGAUUGAUUCCAUCCGCUGUGUCCAUGACGACGACGACCGUGAUGAUGAUUGGCAGACUGAGGUGGUGCCAGUCAGAUUGCCAGAGAGACACUGAAUCAGAAACGCUGCAGCAAGGAACAAUACAAAAUGGCUUCCAGUGGAAGAGGUUUUUCUGCACAGCGGAUUGUAUCCACACAUCUUAGGCUCCUUUGGCUUGGAACGGGAGAAACCAAGAGAAACUGUCUCAUCUCCACCAAUCAUUUGUUUAAAAACUUUAUUUGAUCUUUUGUUAAAAAACUUUAUUUGAUCUUUUGUUGUAUUUAACUAUGAAUUCCCUGAUCUUCUCUUAUGUUUACAAGUGCAUAUUAAAACAUUUUGGAGAUGUAAUAUGCAUCAGCAUAUGUA